AUGUCAUCAACAUUAUUCUCAAGCAUGAAAUAUUCCGAUAGCUUAACAGUUGUCGGAAUCUCAAUCUGCACAGCCAUAGUCUGUGAGGCUAUCUCCUGGCUCUUAAUCUACCGUACUUCAUCCUACAAAUCCCUCAAAUCCACCAUCGACAAGGCCUCCAAGAAACUCGAAACGAUGAAAACCACCGAUCCUAGUACUGCAACACUUGUCAAGAAAUCCAAAACCAAGAAAAUCGAUCGGGUCGAAUCAUCCUUAAAGGAAUCGAGUCGAGACCUCUCCAUGUUCAAAUUCAAAUCUGGCGGAGUAGUUGCCCUUGUUUUGUUCGUGGUUUUUGGUCUACUUAACAGCCUUUUUGAGGGGAAGCCCGUGGCUAAAAUCCCAUUCGUUCCCAUAAAGCUGGUGCAGAAGAUGAGCCACAGGGGAUUGUCGGGGGACGAUAUGACGGAUUGUUCAAUGGCGUUUUUGUACUUUUUGUGCUCGAUUAGUAUAAGGACUAAUCUUCAGAAGUUCUUGGGCUUCUCUCCGCCACGUGGGGCCGCGGGCGCCGGUCUCUUCCCCAUGCCAGAUCCCAAAUCCAAUUGA